UUUCAAAAAAAGAUUUACUUUGAAUGAGUAAGCUCAGCACUAGAUAAAGGAAAUGAGAGAAAAGUCAUGGGGCCAACCCCCGAAAUAGCUUCAGUCAAGAAAAAUUAUGUCAUAUAGCAUAGACAAUCUCUCCUGCUCCAUAAUAUAUAAUUUAUAUAACACUUCAAGGUAUGUAUGGUACUUCCCCAAUGACUCUAUAGAUACAUAUAAGCAUUAUUCGCCUUUGACCAAUGAGAACUGCUGCUCUGAGAGACUGAAUGACUUACUCCUAGCUAGAAAGGGUUUAAGAGAAGAUUUUAAAUAUAUGCUAUCAAACAUUCAAGUUUCACAUCCUAUUCAUUACACUAUUGUGCUGCCCUGUUUCAUACGUGUGUACUACAUGAGGGGGAAAAGGUGAAAAAAAGUGCAGCUGAUCCAGGAAAUUCAUCACCUCUGCUAGGAAAACAAUUCAGUGCUUAACAUAUAAUUAUAGCUAUCAAAUUGAGAAAACCUAAAAUCAGGACACAUAAGUGUUGUACAAUAAGCCAGGGCAUCUCCCUAAGAAUCAUAAGCAGUACAAUGGCUAGGGGGUAUACAGCCAGGAUGUGCAGUGAAUAGAGCACUGGGCCUGGAGUCAGAAAGAUGAGUUCAUAUAUGUACUCCCAUGUUGUGUGACCUUGGGAAAGUAAUUUACAUGUUUUCCUCAGUUUCCUCAUCUGCAAAAUAAGAUAAUAGUAUAUACCUUGCAGGGUUGUGAGGAUCAAAUGAGAUAAUUUUUUGGGGGGUUUGGUUUUAAGCCCUUACCUUACAAUACAACAGUAUUGAAUCAAUACUGGAUAUUGGUUCUAAGGCAGAAGAGUGGUAAGAGCUAGGCAAUGGGGGUUAAGUGAGUUGCUCAGGGUCACAAAGGUAGGAAGUGUCUGAGGCAACAUUUGAACCCAGGACCUCCCAGCUCUGGGCCUGACUGUCAAUCCACUGAGCCAUCCAGCUGCCUCCCAAAUGAGAGAAUUGUAAAGCAUUUAACACAGUGCCUGGCAAAUAGUAAGCAAGUAGUAAGACCUAGAUUUAAAUGCUUCUUGAGACCCUAGCUGUUAUGUCCCUGAGCAAAUCACUUAACUUCAUUUUGUCUGUUUACUCAACUGUAAAAUGGACUUGAUUUUUUCUAUAAACCUUUCUAGCUGUACAUUUAUGAUCCUAUGAACUUUAUCUAUGGAAAAACAGAACAUUUCUUUUUAUGAUACAUUUCCUUUAUUCCAACAAGUAGGUUUUUGCAAAUUACAAUAGGAGAAAAAAGAUAUUAAAAAAAACAGAACUGUGGUUAAUUUUAAUAACUAACCUCUACUCCAGAAGACUGACAAUGAAAUACUGUGACCACGAAAAUAUGGGUUUCAAAAGACUUUGAAUUGCCCAAACUGUAAAGAUAAUUUUUAGCAUCUUGAUUUUAUAUAAAAAAAUAAGUGGUCGCCAUGGGAAAAAUUCCCAAAUAUGAAAUACCCAAGUCAGCUGGGUUUUAUGGAGAUUUUAAUUAAUAUAAAUGAAGGAAUUAAGGAAAGGGAAAGAGACAGAGUAAGAGGAAAUAGUAGGAAAAGGCUAGGGCCUAGGCCAAUGGCCUAGGCCUUUCCCUUUAAGAGAGAAAUUAAGUGAGUCUUUAAUCACUCACCACAAGGUCUUUCCAAGCAAACCUCUAGUGUUCAGAGACCCAGCAGCCUCCUCUGACUCCUGACCUCCAAUUCAGCUACCAAAGCUGAACUAAAAUCAGAACUACCUUGAACUGGUUCAGAAAGCUCCUUUUAAAGAGAAAUUUCUCUUGUGUCACCUCCCCUAAAUUUUCGUGUCUACCAAUCACAGUAGACAAUUUUCCUAGGACAGCCUAUUCUUCAUUUUUAAUUCUCACCUUCUCUGGGUAGAUUAUAUCUUCCAAGUACUUCACACCUCUUUGUUAAGCUUGCCCCUUGCCAGUUGCCUGACCUUUUAGUGAUUAAUUUGACCUUCAUAGGUACUUAGCACCCUUUUGUAUUAGAUCUAAAAAUAGACCUAGCUUGAGGUUUUGGCCUCACUGUAAGUAUGAGUUAAGUACCUUCAUUGUUCACUAAGGAGUUUUACAACUUUAUCUUCCCCUAAAAGUAUGCCUAAAUAUGGGUGGAGUAAUUUUAAAGUUCCCAAUACAUUCCUGAUCAAGUACCUCCAUUGUUUAAAUGGGGAAUAACCUUAACCAUAACCUUAAGAUAAUGUUCCAAGGUAGAGUCUGAGAAAUUUUAAGAUUCACAAUACACUUUUUUCAGUAGAGAGGUGGGAUACUAUGAAUGAGGACUGUGACAUAUCCUAUCAGAUAUGGGUUUUUUAUAUCUGGGUUUGCUCCUUUUGUUUAUAUGCUUUCUUUAGUUGUAAGAAAGGGUUUGAUGGGGUGGUGCAGUUAAGAUUAAGUGACUUUGGUAUUUAAAAAAAGCAACAUAUUAAUGCUUUUUUAAUAAGUCAAGGUGAGUAAACUCAGACCUUGGUGGGUUUGUUUUUAGUUGACUUAAAAAAGUGAAAGAAAAAUUCAGUCUUAAAAGGCUCUCCUCUAACAAGGGGUCUCUUAAACAUAUGUCAAAAUCAUACAGAAUUCCUUGAAAGAUGGAAGAAUAGAGAUAACUUAAUUGAACCUCUGACUAUUGAUUUCAAUCAAGGCAAGGAAGCAAGCUCAAUUGUUUGAAAAAUGCGGUCAUGGGGGAUAUCUAGCCUAGAGUCCAAAUAGACGAGUUCUCUAGAGAUAGGGAGGUCUCCAAAUAAAUGUUCUUGUUUGUGGAUCGCUUUGUGCUGAUUGUAUCAAGUAACUAAUCAAGAAAAACUAAGCAGAUGAAGACUUAUUUUCAGACUAUAACUGUAGUUAAAUGGAUAGCACAAGGAGCUGAUUCCAGCAUGUGUAUUUGUGUGUAAAUAUAUGUAUGACUUGGACAUCAUAAAUGAACAAUUAACUAGCUCAGAAUGGUGUAGGAAGAUAGGAAAGAAGGCUACUUUGUAUUUGGGAAAUUGAACUGUUUUCAAUAAAUUCCAAGCUUCUCCUUGAAACAAAAACUAAUUUUCUGAAAACCAAUAAUCUUCCUCCUACAUUAUUAUAAAUCAUAGUCUCUAAAAAAUCAGAUAGUGAGUUACCCGAAGGGCAAGCAAAGAGAGACCUAGAACAGGGUGUAGCAUAUCACCACGGAAGACUUAAAAGCAGGAAGCAGCUUGAAAACAUAUCCGCCUGGAAAGGACAGAGGCCGGUCAAUGUAACAAGAGAGCAGUGGAGAGCUCCAUUGGUAGCUAUGUAAUAAUGCACAACAACUUCGGCCCCCACCGCCCAAAGGCACAUACCCAGCAUUUUGCGGGUUUCCUCUGGGGAUCAUUCCUGGGAGCAGAGGAUGAGGUUUGGAUGGGUGGCGAUCUACAAUGUCCGAGGGACUAUCCACAUUGAUGACAUCACAGAUCCAUCAGUUUCCCCCCAGCAGACCAGGAGGUCCCUCUAGGUGGACCCGUCACCACACCCGGAGCUCCCUGAGGGUGGGGGGGGGCAGUGUCUCCAGCUUCCCCCGUACCCUUUCCCAUGGUGCUGGCGACGGCCUCUGCCCUCUUUCUUCAGGCCCUUUGGGGGACUCAGAUACCAGGCUCCCCGGCUCUUGGCCCCAGCGCCAUGACCCUAGUCUAGGCAGAUGGAGGUGGUGAGGCCCAGAAAGAGCAGGGCACUGUAAGGGAGGCCUCCCAGGAGUCGGGGACCCAGGCAGAAGCUUCCCGCUUCUGAUGAUGAGGGAGGCCGCUUUUCCUCUCCUCUGCUUCGCGACUACAGCGCUUUUAUAGCAAAGCAAAUUUGAGCCGAUGAAAUCAGUUAGAUUUACCCCGCACCCGCUUCACCAUGGGCGGAGCCCCUCUCCGGACUACAAAUCCCGUGAACCCUUAGGAACGAGUCGGCGCGUGCGAGCGGUUAGUCAUCCUUCCCAGUUUCCUACUCCGCUCCCUCGGCCCACCCCCUGACUCGGCGGGCACGCGCGCGUCCGUACGUGUCUGCGCGUUACGCAAUACGCACUCUAGUGCUUCUUUCACUCUCUACCCGAACCCCCGACGGGUUCUAGUAACUGGGACGAGACUCGUAGGCGGCGGAGCUGUGCCCGUGACACGCCGUGCGCGCUCCCUGGGAGACGGCUGACGGGAGUGUGUUGGUGUGUGUAUGUGUGUUGGGAGGGGGGGAGUUGUGUGUGAGUGUGUCAGGGGGCGGGGGCCCGGGUUGCCAGCCUGUCCGGCUGCGGUGAAACAGAGCGGGCUACGCGGGGGCGAGAGCGACGGCUGCCGGGCUUCUGUCCAUCUGAUCGUCCGUCCGUCCGGGCCCGAGCAGGACGAUGCUGUGGUUCCAGGGCGCGAUCCCGGCCGCCAUCGCGGCGGCCAAGCGGAGCGGAGCAGUGUUCGUGGUCUUCGUGGCAGGUGAUGAUGAACAGUCUGCACAGAUGGCUGAAAGUUGGGAGGAUGAGAAGGUUACAGAAGCUUCCUCAGACAGUUUUGUGGCGAUUAAAAUUGAUACCAAAAGUGAAGCAUGUCUACAAUUCUCACAAAUCUAUCCUGUAGUAUGUGUCCCAUCCAGUUUCUUUAUAGGAGACAGUGGAAUUCCCUUGGAAGUAAUAGCAGGAAGCGUUUCAGCAGAGGAACUUGUUACCAGAAUUCACAAAGUCAGACAGAUGCACACAUUAAAAAGUGAAGCAUCGGUUGGAAUUGGGAACCAAUCAGCUAAUCUAGUUUCUAACCCUUGUUCUUCUUUUGAACAUAACAACACUUCAGAAAAUUCUCAAGCCAGAAAUGUAGAGCUUUGUGAAACACCAUCCACAUCUCCUGAUACACAAUCAAGCAUUUCUAUAGGUGGAGAAAAUUCAAGUCAUACCAGUCCCACUCAGGAAGCCAGUGCUUGUUCAGAUGAGAGAGUGAUGGGUCACCAGGCUGAAGAAGACCUCACAGUUAAAGUGGAGAGACUAACAAAAAAACUUGAAGAAAGACGAGAAGAGAAAAGGAAAGAGGAAGAACAGAAAGAGAUUAAGAAGGAAAUCGAUAGAAGGAAAACUGGUAAAGAAAUGUUGGACUAUAAAAGAAAACAAGAAGAAGAGUUGACAAAAAGAAUGUUAGAAGAGAGGAAUAGGGAGAAGGCAGAAGAUAAAGCUGCUAGGGAACGGAUAAAGCAGCAGAUUGCUCUGGAUCGAGCAGAAAGGGCAGCACGUUUUGCAAAGACAAAAGAAGAAGCAGAAGCUGCCAAAGCUGCUGCUUUAUUGGCCAAACAGGCUGAAAUGGAAGCAAAGAGAGAGUCGUCUUCCCGGGAAAGAAGUGCUAUUGCAAGAAUUCAGUUCCGCCUUCCAGAUGGAUCUUCCUUUACGAAUCAGUUUCCUUCUGAUGCUCCUCUAGAAGAAGCAAGACAGUUUGCUGCACAGAUGGUUGGUAAUACUUACAGCAAUUUUUCUUUGGCCACCAUGUUUCCAAGGAGGGAAUUUACCAAAGAAGAUUACAAAAAGAAGUUAGCGGAACUAGAGCUUGCACCAAGUGCUUCCGUUGUGCUCUUACCAGCGGGAAGACCAGCCACCUCUGUUGUUCAGUCAUCAAGUGGAGAGUUGUGGAAGUUUUUGGGAACAGUACUUUACCCAUUCUUUGCUAUAUGGAGAUUGAUUAGCAACUUCUUAUUUACUAGUCCUCCUCCUCAGAUUUCUAUGAGAUCAACAUCUUUGGAGCACACAAACCCCACAGCAUCUAGCACCUCAGAAAACAGAGAAGGGGUCAGGAAAAGAGUACUAGAAAAACGUGGCGAAGACUUCAAAAAAGAAGGAAAAAUAUAUAGAUUGAGGACUCAAGAUGAUGGUGAAGACGAAAACAACACUUGGAAUGGAAAUUCUACCCAACAAAUGUAGUUUGACAAGUUACACCUGGGCAAUAAUCAUUGUUUAUCUUUUGAUUUAAUUCAACUAAAACUCUACUGGACAAGU